UUUGCUUCAUCUGAAAUGGGUCCUCAUCACUUCAUAUGGCCAUCUCGGCUAGCGUUUCUCAUCAGCCAUGUGGUGGCACAUCAUUUGCGAGGGUGGCUCAGCAUUUGCGAUUGCGAUGUUCCUUUGGCCAUCAGAAGCGGCCUCGGUGUCCUUAGCUGCCUCUAGCUGCUCCCUGCUGUUGACCGCUUCCAGGUCCUUCUUGGCCUCGCAGCCCAUGCGCCGUCAGCUCUUGACAUUGGUGUCUUCAGUCACCGGUGCCCCCACGGGCGAGGCGGUCCUGGCAAAGGCCCUGGACCGCACGGUGCCGUGGCCGAAAUGGCAGGAUGGCUUGAUGAUCCUUCAGCACUGCGGCGUUGCUGUGCAUGAGGAACGUCGAGCUAUGCAGAUUGCCCUUCGAAGCGGGCCAGUGAAGGCGGUGAAGUGGCUCUUGCGAGCACGAGCUGAUGCGGAGAAACCAGUGGAAGCUGACUUGACCCCGCUUCGCUUGGCCGCACGCUUUGGAAACGAUGAGGUCGUUGACACACUGUUGGAAUCAAGGGCGCAAGCCAACACCAGAGGGCGCUUUGGCUACACAGCCUUGAUGGUUGCCGCAAUGUAUGGCCACGCUGACAUUGUACAGCUUCUUCUCAGUCGAGGAGCACAGGUCAACACCAACGGAGAUGGCGAGACAGCGAUUGACUUAGCCUCCCGGUAUCCAGAGGUGGCCGAAAUGCUCCAAGCGCACGUCGACGCCUAUGGUUGGACUGGCAGUGCUGACGAGGUGGUUUGUGCACUGGUGAUUCUGGCCAAUGGGAUCUACAUUUGCAUCCAUUCAGAUUGGAAGAUGAUGAACGCAUACCAGGUGGCCACCCACGAAGCCCAAAAACACAUUGAUGUGCAUCCUGCCGACUUUUUCUUUGCAUCCUGGUUUGUGAUGGAGAUGAUGAUACGUAUUCUUCCUGAUGGCCCUUGCCAUUUCUUUUGUUUGGCAGAGGAGAGUGGCUGGAACACAUUUGAUGCCCUCAUUACUUUGGAGGCGGUGGUUGGGCUCAUCAUCCGCUCCUCCACUUCGAGUUUUUCGUACCUCCGGGUUCUUGGGAUUUUCCGGCUGGCUCGGCUGGUGAAGCACAUGCAGAGGCCCAAGGAGUUGAGAAAGCUGAAGAAGACGCUACUGGUGCUGUGUGCCUCGUUGGUGGACUUGUUUUGGGCCUUUGUCGUGGUAUCCCUCAUCCUGUGCAUCUACAGCAUCUUCCUUUCGACGGCCACGGUCGGAUAUUUUGAGACACUGCCAUUCAAUGAGACCUCAAGCCAGACUGCAAAAGAAGUGCAGGAGUACUUUGGAUCCAUACCGGCGACCAUGCUCUCGCUGUGGGCAGCGAUUAGUGGUGGAAACGAUUGGAUGCAGUAUGCUACGACGCUUCGGGAUAUGGACAGCAACGGCUUCUACUUCGCCACCUUCAUUGUGUUUACGGCAUUCUGCACUAUCGGCUUCUUCAAUGUAGUUACAGGUAUUUUUGUGGAUAGUGCGUUGGCAUCAGCCAAUGCCUUUCGCAGCAGGGACGAUGUCAUCGCGGACCACGAAGAUCAGAAAUCUGAGGAGAAGAAGGACCGUAAAGAGCUGCGGGCCAUGCUCAUGGGAGAUGCUGGAGAUGAUAAAGUUCUGAGUGAAGGCCUUCUUGUGCCACACGAGACGGUGAAACACGUUGAAGAGCAUGUGCCUGCGCUUGCAAUGCUGGCCGCCUUUUUCAAUGCAUUUGGCCUUUCAUGGCCAAGCAAGGCUCGAACGACACCUCAACAAACCACAGUCGGAGGCCUUCUGGAAGAGAAUGCAUUUGGAAACGGGCCAGGUGAGAGAGCUGUACAAGCUCUACCAACAGCAGCUGCACAUUGACGGCAAACCCGACAGCAGGGUCAAGGUCAAGGAAUUCCUUCAUUUCACCAGGACCUCCAAGGAUCAGGCCUCCUGUGUCAACCUGCUAAGGCUUGAUCACUUCAUCCGGAAACAGUUUAAGGAGCUCCAAGAUCGCCUGCCAGACACGCCAGUUGAGGGCCCAGUGGAUCAGGGUAGAGGGAUGAAGGCAUUCCCAAACCAUUCAGAACGACCACAGGGUUUUGGUUCAUGGUACGCCCAACCUGUCGGCUUUCCACCUCUAAUCGUAAUCGGAGGGACUUCGUAGAACAUAUUCCUCCGCAAGAACACCACAGAAUCAGAUCAAUCAAAAGGUCCAUUUCCAGUUUUUGCCGGGGUUGAUUUCUCUACAGACCCCUGGUUCAGUGGUGUGCCAGUUCUGGAUAAUCUGGGUCUAUUGUGAGAAGCUCCCCUUUGCAACGUUAAUGCACAGAAGUGGGCCUUCGGUGUGACACUCAGAGGCUGUCGGGGCUCUAAAUGUGUUGGGGUGAUUUCGCUCGCCCGAUUUCGGACGUUGAAAUUCGCCAGCAGAGCACGUUUCUUCAGGUUCGCGAGCGCGCGCUCCGCGCCACAUUGAGCCAGGUUCGCAAGGUAGAAAGAAAAGACCUUCCGCAUGUGCAGGGCCAUGCGGACUACCCUGUCUGCCGACUGCCCAGCCCGAGCUCCAAAAGCCGAGGCUGGCAACAGCAACCUGUGAGCAUUCACAUGUCGCAGCUUCUGUGCCUGUCGCAGGUGCAGACAGCGCUCUCAUUUGGUCUCCCAAUGUUGGAAUGAAU